AUGAUUAUAAAUAAUAAGGGAAAAUAGCAAAAUACAUGAAAGAAACAAGUAGAAGCUUAAUAAAAUGUUAAUGAUAGUGGAUAUUUAAAAUAAUUAAUUUACUUAAUAAUCAGCUAAAUUGAUAUAAACAGAUCUUAUUUUAUCUGUUGCACUGUCUUCAGUUAUAAUUUUUGAUUAUAAACUUGAUUAUUUUUAAUUUCCCAAUUACAACAUCAUAUAAAUAAUAUGAAAUAGUGAUCUGCACUAGAAAAACUUGGUGGCUUCAACCUCUCAUGUCCUCCUCAGGAUGGCAGAUGUUAUCUGGCCAGGUUAAACUUCCCAGUGACCCAUUCGUUAACAGGGACAGACCUCCACCAGAAGGUGAUUCAGAGCAUGACUUUAGCUGAGGUAUUUAUCCUUAAAUUUGCUUUUUUUUUUUUUUUUUGUGCAUAUCCCUUCUUCCAUUUACUCUUGUUGUUAGGCAGCUGGCAACCCAAUGACUUGGCAUUACAGUACUCAAGCUUGGACAAAGAAUGAUUGCUCCUCAUCAGUAAAAUGCUCAGUUGCCUUGGGUUUCUCGUAGUGAUCCUUAUAUCUAAUUUCAUUGCUUUGCUGGUUAAAGCCAUAACAUAGGAUCUUUCCCUUUGUAAAGGAAUUAUUAGCCAGCAGGGAAAAUCAGUUGUGCAUUGCUCAGUGUCACUCAGUUCCUCAAAUAAAGCCCUAAAUUCUGCGGUACGGAAAUGUUUCUGCUUAUCUUUUAAAUGAAUAUGUUUGAGCAUGUGUGUAAAUAGUUUUUGGUUUGUUGGGGUUUUUUUCCCCUUUGCAGACAUAUUUCAUGGUAAGGCUCACUCAGCAGACACAUUCUCUCUCUUACAUAUGUCUCAUGCUUUCACUCUUACUGGAAGCACUGAAGAGUGCAAAAAUUCAGGUCAAACUCUUGUAGGGAGGAAAUUAAUUCAUAAAUGUCACUAUGUCUAUGUAGAAUAUUGUGAUUCAAGAAAAUUUCAGCUCUGGAAAGUCAACAUCUAACAUAAUUUCAUCCUUCAUUGAGAAGUCUGCCACAUGAUGAAACUACAAGGAAGAAUGACACACAGAGAAAUUACCAGCAUUAUAUUUAGUAACAGACAAGUUCUAGAAUGUGAAAAUUUUUAUAUGACCAAAGGACUACUAUAUUCUGGAAAAGACCAUUCCUCUUCUUACCAAUUAGAAAAAUUCUUUCUGUUGCUUAUUCUUUUUUUCUGUUUCUUAUUUUUGUUGCAAUAAAACCCCCCUGCAUGCUUCACAAGUCUGAAGUGUCAACUGGUUGCUCAUAAUACAUGCCUUUUUCAUGGCAAUGGCAUUACAGGUAUGACUGUAAAGAUCUUGUUUAUGAGAUCCCAUCCUUGUUAGUCUCAGGUUUCUUAGGAGUUUGGGUGGGUUGUGAGGGUUGUUUUUUUUUUUUUCUUUGGGAGGUGGUUAGUGGGGGUGGGUUUAGUGUGUUUUUGUUGCUUUUGUUAUUGUCAGGGCUUGGUUUUUUUGUUUUGUGUGAUCUUCUUUUCUGGAGGGGUCAGCUUGUUAACUUGGGCACAGAUGUGGGACUUGAGCAGACGGUGACAGUUCAGAAGGAAGUCCUGGUACUCUGUGAUGAUACAGUUUGUGUAGUGUUUUGGCAGCUACUGCCACCCUAUGGUUUUCCAUAAUGGAUGAAUGCUGCAGAGCUUUAAUGUGUUGCAUUUCCCCAGAAACCUCUUGUAGGUCAGAGGGAAGACAAUGAAUAUUCCUGCUGUCUUACUCACUCCUUCUCUAUGUCCCCUUUUCAGAAAAAUCCCAUCUGCAAAGAAAAUCAGGUAUGGCAUGAGAAGCUAUAGGUGGCAUUAGGACGGUAGAAUCUUUUCCACUGCAUUUACAACUAUGUCAUUGAAUAUUAAUUUUGGUUCCAAGGGUUUUCACUAACUGAUUAUAUCUGCUUUGGCAGGAUAGAUUUUGCUUUUUUUUUUUAGGAACUUCAAAAUGUACAUCUGGAGAAAGCUUCCAAAACCCAUUUCUUAAAGUUGCUGCUGCUUUGGGAGCCUGUGUUUACAUCAUAGAUGCCACAUAUAGACAGAUCUGGGUUAAAGCAAUCUGGUCUAAGCAGAGUGUCCUCAGAGCAUUGCUUCCAGCAGAGCUUUGCCCUCCAGACGCCAGCAAGUGCCCAGCUGAAGGCUCUGAUGCGGAAAGAGGACGUUUCAGAUGCCAUUAUUCCACUCAUUGCCCUCCUUCAGGCCAGGGAAUACCCUUUGCGUGGAGGAAGACUUUUUUUCUUUUGAGAGUGGCAAGAGGGAUCACCUCUUACGUUGUAUAUCUUCUCUUUGGGGCUGGAAGCUUCUUUCCCUUUGACCAACCCAGCUCAAACCAGCCAGCAGUGUAGGCUGUACAAAAUAACUCAGCUGAGGGCUCCGGCAGAGAUAUAACAGGCAGAGAUAUGGGACUCUCUGAUAUAUUAUAGUGCACAGGCAUUGGCUCCCCGCGUAUAUUACGGGGGACUCUCAAGUUCCAUCCCCUCUGCCACACCCAACCUCACACCUAUGCAGUGCACGAAGUCUGAAGUGCAUUCACUGCCAUUUUUCUUAGCCGACACAGAAACAGGAUGCCCUCUCCUUACGCCGGUUCCCAAACCGCGCUGCCGGCCGGCCCAGGGCGGCUCUGGGGCUCCCUCGAGUCGGGGCACUCCCCGUCGGCGGUGCCCCGGUACCCCGCGCAUUGCCUGCCCCGCCCGCGGGGCUCUGCAAUCCUCUCCCGGGGCCUCAGCAGCUCCUCUCCUCAGCCACCUGUAGCUACGGCCGAUUUUUCUGCAUUUCUCGGAAAAAUAGCUAUUCUCAGCCCCGCUCCCUUCCCGCGUGUUUUACUCAAGUGAGCCGAAUGUCCGCGUAUCAGGAGCGGGGCGGUGUCUUUUUCGGAAAGAUGCACUGUUUGUUUUCGCUGUCGCCUGCCUGCGCCCCCCGGGCUGGUAGCGCGGGACCAGAGGGGUGUGUAGUGCUGGCUCGGCUGCCCCUGCCUCCGCCCCGGGGCGGAGCUGCGGCCCCAAAUGAGGUACGGUUCACCUUUGGGUUCGUGUUCCCGGAGCGCCGCUGGAAUCGCGGCGGUCCCGGUGCCCGGCGCGGCGCGGCCCCGCUGAUGGCCCUGCGCUCCGCCGCUGGUCCCCGCUCCCAGCCCCGAGGCGGACUGGCCGCACGCCCCUAGAAGAUGAGGGGAGCGGGAUCUCCGCGCGGGCGGCGGGAGCCGCUGUUACGCCUGCCGAAGUUGAGCAUGGAGGGAGGUGAAACAGCCACCUGAACGCGGAGAAACACCCGAAACGACAACAAGUAGUCUCGCGUGGCAGGGCGGCACGGAGGGCGGCUGGGGCCGGAGCCCGCCCGGGAACAGAAGCCGCUGUCACUCCUCCGGCACAGGCAGAAGCUCGUCCCCCGCGGACCUGCCGGCGACCGGCUGCCUCCCGCCCAGCGACCGGCGCGCCCCCCUCCCGAUCGCCGCCGCCGCCUCCCGCGCUCUCCCCAGUCAUGUCCCACCCGGAGCGAUGGGGAAGCUCGAGGACAACGAGAGGGUGAUCCUCAACGUGGGGGGCACGCGGCACGAGACCUACCGCAGCACCCUGAAGACCCUGCCGGGGACCCGCCUGGCUCUGCUCGCCUGCGAGUCCCAGAGCGAGUCCCCGGGCGGCGAGGAGCCGCCUCCGGCCCCCAACCCGCCACCGCCUCCGGCGGGCGGCUGCCCGGAGCCCGGCAGCGGCUGCAGCGCCCGGGGCAGCGGCGGCGCCAGCGAGUUUUUCUUUGACCGGCACCCAGGGGUCUUCGCCUAUGUGCUCAAUUACUACCGCACCGGCAAGCUGCACUGCCCCGCCGACGUGUGCGGGCCGCUCUUCGAGGAGGAGCUGGCCUUCUGGGGCAUCGACGAGACCGACGUGGAGCCCUGCUGCUGGAUGACCUACCGCCAGCACCGCGACGCCGAGGAGGCCCUCGACAUCUUCGAGGCACCCGACCUGCUGACGGGCGAGCCGCCCCCCGACGGCGACGACGACGACUUGGCCGCCAAGAGACUGGGCAUCGAGGACGUGGGGGCGGCCUCCGAGGGCAAGGGCGGGCGCUGGCGGCGGCUGCAGCCCCGUGUCUGGGCGCUCUUCGAGGACCCUUACUCCUCCCGCGCCGCCAGGUUCAUCGCUUUUGCCUCUUUAUUCUUCAUCUUAGUUUCAAUCACAACCUUCUGCCUGGAAACACAUGAGGCUUUCAAUACUAUUAUAAACAAAACUGAGCAGGUCAUCAAUGGCACAGAAGCUGUACUACAGUAUGAGAUUGAGACAGAUCCUGCACUGACAUACGUGGAAGGAGUCUGCGUGGUAUGGUUUACAUUUGAAUUUUUAGUACGUGUCAUUUUUUCUCCCAACAAACUUGAAUUCAUCAAAAACCUCUUGAAUAUCAUUGACUUUGUGGCCAUCCUGCCCUUUUACCUAGAAGUGGGCCUGAGUGGGCUCUCCUCCAAAGCUGCUAAGGACGUGCUCGGUUUCCUCAGGGUGGUAAGGUUCGUCAGGAUCCUCCGUAUUUUCAAGCUCACUCGACACUUUGUGGGCCUCAGGGUGCUGGGCCACACGCUGCGAGCCAGCACCAAUGAAUUUCUGCUGCUGAUAAUAUUCCUGGCACUCGGUGUUUUGAUAUUUGCCACUAUGAUCUACUACGCAGAGCGAGUGGGGGCCCAGCCGAAUGACCCGUCUGCAAGCGAACACACGCAGUUCAAAAACAUCCCCAUCGGCUUCUGGUGGGCUGUGGUCACCAUGACCACCCUGGGGUACGGGGACAUGUACCCACGGACUUGGUCAGGCAUGCUGGUGGGAGCCCUGUGUGCGCUGGCGGGAGUGCUCACCAUAGCCAUGCCUGUGCCUGUGAUAGUUAACAAUUUUGGGAUGUACUACUCCCUGGCCAUGGCAAAGCAGAAACUGCCAAGGAAACGAAAGAAGCACAUCCCUCCUGCUCCGCAAGCCAGCUCACCCACCUUCUGCAAGACAGACUUGAACAUGGCCUGCAAUAGCACACAGGGUGACAUCUGCCUGGGCAAGGACAACCAGCUGAUGGAACACAACAGAUCAUCAGUGUUAUCAGGUGAAGACAGUGCAGGAAGUGAGCAGCCACUCUCACCUGGUGAAAGGCUCCCUCCCAUCAGACGCUCUAGUACAAGAGACAAAAACAGAAGAGGGGGAACAUGUUUCCUACUGACAACAGGUGAUUACACGUGUGCUACUGAUGGAGGGAUCAGGAAAGGCUAUGAAAAAUCUCGAAGCUUAAACAACAUAGCUGGCUUGACAGGCAAUGCUCUGCGACUGUCUCCAGUAACAUCACCCUACAGCUCACCUUGUCCUCUAAGGCGCUCUCGGUCUCCCAUCCCUUCCAUCUUGUAAACCAGAUGGCGUCAAUCGGCUACAUAGUAUUAAAUCAAAUACUGUUUACCACAUAUUGGAAAUAAAUGUAGCAUCAAGCAUAGGCUCCACAAAUAUGGUCUAACUCCUGCAUGAUACAACUGUCAGUAGUGAGAAAAGCCACUUGUGUAGCUGAAGAUUUUUGUCUUGGCUUUUAAAGAUUACUUAAGGUAGCAUUUCUUCUUUUAUCUACUAUAUUGUCCUACUUUCCUGUGGCAAUAAAAGGACAGUUAGUGGAUGCUGUUGUCCAGUCUAUUCAAUAAAUAAGCAUAUUUUCAGGGAGAUUUACUUAAAAUAAUGUGCUUCCAAGUAACUAUCAGUCACUCCAUUGAAUCUCCAUUUCUUGUGACUCUAAUCCAUUCUGAAGAUGUCUGCUCUGAAGGGUCUGCUCAUUUGCAUGGACCAUCCUGUCUCCAUCACCUGACAAGCAGUGUUGCCGAUCGUGGAGACCACAGAGGGCUCUGGAUGUGUGUUCUCACAUUGUUACCAUCCUGCUGAAAUGAACGCACUGAUAAACUGGUCUGCAUGUGGGAUUGUUUUUCUUUGUUUAACCUUUUCCUUUAUUUUUUAACUAUCUACUUGUUUAUAAACAACUUUAUUUUGUGAUUAACUUAUUUCGGUACUGGAUUGCUGUAUCAGAGUUCUGAAUGUCUCCGGUUGUUUGCACACAGAUAACUGCAAAGAGGUUGUCAUUACUGGUUACACGCAAGCAGAAGCCAGAUCUCUUUCUUAAUGGCUUGGGGAAGGCACAAAACAUGCAAGAAAGGUAAACGCCAUCCAGACUUGCAAUUUUAAGCUAGCAAGUGCUGCUUGGUACUGUAGUAUUUUCUCUACUCCAGGGUUCUUCAACAUUUUCAGAAGCUGAGUACCAAGUAAAAUUGAAACAAUUACUGGGGGCUUUUUUUUUUUACCAUUGUAAGAGGGUAGUAGUUCUCAAGUUGGGUUUUUGACCAGCCUUAUACCUCUGGCUCAUGAGCUUCAAAAAUUUCUUCAGUCAAUGUUUUAAGAGGUGCUUUGUCCUAUAUGUUGUUUGUCUGUAUGUUUUGCAACCUGUGUCCUUGUAUUCUCCAUCUGUCUCCAUAAAGCACAGAGAUACUGUUAAAAUGCCCCCCUCUUUUAAGUUGAACUAAGAACACUUUUUCUCCUUUUCUCUUUUUUUUUUUUCAUAUGGACUAUACAUCUGUGUAUAGAUAGAAAUAUACAUAUUUUUCAAGUGCAGUUAGUAUCAUCUAGACUAACUCGUGUGCACUCCUAAGAUUUUUCGAGCGGCUUUUCAGCACCGACCGGUUGCCUAUUGCAUCAAUCUUCCUCCUAGCAACCAGCAUUCAUUACAAUUUUGAAACUGUAUCUCCUCUAGUGGCUUUUUGAUUCAAUAUUAACCUCUGUUUAUGCAACAGGACAAAUGCAAUGGCAAAUUUGAGGUUCUGGGCUGGUGAGGAAAAGUAAUCCUUAAACUGUAGAGUUUUAGAACUACAUGGGGAAGACCAUAAUGACUGAAAUCUUUAGUGAUCCUUGAAAUUGUUGAAUAAUUCCUGACUGUCAUGUCUUAUUUUUUUGUUAGGAAAAGAAAUUAAAUUUAUUGUUGACCAUGUAACAUGUUCUUCUGUAUAUAGCCAAGCCCAACAGCAUGACCUGCAUGUCAGAAUUCUUGUACAAUAAUGUAUUUAUCAAAGUAUACAUUUCUGAUAUUUAGAGAUGUACAUUGAUUUACUUUUGGUAAAAUAUUGUCAAUAGAGAGAUAAUUGCAAACAGCUUUUAGCAAAUGAAUUAAUAUUAUAUCUGGUGCUGCUGUUAUAUUAACUACAGUGUUGUACAGAAUUUAUCAUGGAUUUUUGACUGCUGAAAAAGGGACAAUGGAAUUUAGCCAUACCAAGGACUGUACUGGAAAGAGACUGCUGCUGCUGAAUGGACCCUGAUAAACGACUCACACCUUGAGGAGGUCACUGAGACUUUGCGUGCGAAGUAGAGCUUGUUAAAGAAGAUGAAAGACCGCUCGUAAUUACUGCUGCCAGAGGAAGGGGUGACUAGGCACUCUUGAUGAGUCAGUGUAAAUAAAACGUGUGUGCAUGGAAUAUCAGUUUUUAUCUAUAGCAAGGAAAGCUGAAUUCAUGUCAUCAUUGCUAAGGCUCCAUGCAAAGACCCACGCCCCUGUGUUUAUUAUUCCUGGUUCCUGCAGUAAGCUGUGCUGUGGAUCAUACAAAGACACACGCUUAAUAAUGGUAGUGAUGUAAAUUACAUCUGUCUUGACUUCUGUCAUACUAAUGGCAUAUAUUGCAAAAGUCACAAAUUUGAACCGAGUAGGUUUGCAUAAGUCCUUGCUUUCUCAGUUUGCCAUGACCUAAAUUGUUAUGAAUUCUAGUGUACAUGCCAAGUCCUAAGUUUACUUUUCACAAUAAUAACAAAAAUGUGACUGCAAACAAACAUCACUGACUUUGUUCACAGCACACAGUCUUCUUUCUAUGUUACCUCAAACUAUAAGUAUUAUCAGAAAUAAAAUUCUGGCAGCAAGAAUAUUUUGUGGUUUUUUUUUUUUUUAAUUCAAAGUGUUGCAAACCCAACAUUAUUAACUUUAAAAAAUUGUAUUAAAAUUAUAUUCUACAAAUGUAUAUUUUACAUAAAAUAUAUAUUCUUUGAUAAGUUAUUUUCUGUAAUUUUUGUGGUAAAUGGAUCUAGUCUAUUCUAUGUUUAUGAGACAUUGUAGUGCUACGAUGUGGUAAUUAUGUUCUCUCCAUCCUACUCAGUGGGAAAUUCUCCAGAAUCUGUUUUGUCACCCUGGUGUCCUGAUUGUAGGGACCUGUCCCAGUUGUGAAACUCUGUAUUGUGGAACUUCUGUGAACAUGUCAAGGUGCAUGCACAAUCCUGGUGGAAACCAGUGGAAAUGUAAUACCUGAAUUGGAGAAUAAAAGGCAAAAGACCUGGGGAGGAAUUUGGAGCAUAUCUUCUGAACUGGCUCAUGAGCUUUC